UUAAUGCAUACGAGCCUGUUGCUUUCUUAGAUAACCAGUUUUGGCUCAGUUAUGCGCAGACGCGGAAUUUUUAUGUAAACACGUUCAAUUCUUCGGUGUUUUGAUAAAAAAAAAUAAUAAUAAUUUCUUCAGAUGUGAAAAAUAACGUGAAAAUGAAGUGGUACGUUGGUUAUGCUGUGUUCCUGGGUUUCUCGUGUGUGGUAUUAUUUGAUACCGCUUACGGUGGUAAAAAAUAUGUCUCGAAUUUGAGCGCCGUUUGUUUGAAAUGCUUAUGCUAUGCGUCCACUCAAUGCAACGCUACCGUAGGAUGUCAAAAAGGUUACUGCGGAUUGUUCUUCAUCACGAAAGAAUAUUGGGCAGAAGCUGGACGACCUACGUUGCCGGAUGAUGAUCCAGAUCGUACUAAUGCUUUUAGUGAUUGCUCGAAAGAUUACACUUGCGCAUCGACAGCUGUAGAAGGAUAUAUGGCGAAAAAUGGAUUUGAUUGUAACAAUGACGGUGUCACUGACUGUGAUGAUUAUGCUAGGAUUCAUUUUCACGGAAAAGAUAAGUGUUUGAAUUCGAUAUCAAAUUUGAAUUUCGGCCGAAGAUACGAUACCUGUAGACCUGUUACAGAUCGUGGGGGUCAACUUGCACUUUAAUUCUUGAUCGUGUAAUACUAAAUAGGCCUCGUAGAGAUCAAAAAUACGCCCAGAUUACUCGAAUCGAAUGCCAUUAUUAUACUCAGAGAUGAAUUGAAGAAUUUUUUUCUAGAUGGUGGAAAUGUGGGAAUUGCUUUUAGUUUUAGUCAAUUUCAAAUUUCUGUGUAAAGAAAUUUUCUGCAUUUUUUCUUAAUCUUUCAAACUCAACAUUAAUACUUAGACUAAGUUAUUUUUUUCAUUUUUUCUCAAGGGCUUGAUCAUUUUACGAUUGUAGAAUUUAUAAUGAGUAAGAUUAUUGAUUUUUAUUCGUUUGUUUAUUUUUUUACGUGAACGUGAUUUAAUAUUAUUUCAUAGAACGAGAUUUUUUGUUGCAGCUGUAAAAUAAAUAUACCUAUUUUUAUAAAAACA